CCUAACGCAUCCACGCGCGCAAGGGAGCCUCUCGAGACCCCUACACGGUGGGAGGGAAGCGCGUGGACCCCAUCGAGAGAGCCGCGCCUCUUCACACGGACGCCCAGGACUACGAGUAUACACCGUUUUAAUUUGUCCAAAAUGGUUUUAAAGAAGAAAAAAGAUAUUCAGGUUGCUCCACUGAUUGUUGGUCACCAGGAACUUGAAACAUUGGGAUCAUUUGCAGAUGCUGAAGGGGAGAAUCUCGCUUCCUUGUUGUUACGCUGUGUACAACUGACUGAUGGACUAGUUCAAAUCCAUUGUAUCAAACAGAUUGUGCCUUUGCUAGAGAAGAUAGAUGGGAAUCAGGCAUGUGAUCCCAUGUUUCAGAGUUGCUUGGAUAUUUUAGGACGUAUUUAUUUUUCUGUGGGGUCAAAGAACCCUUUGAAGAAAGUGUUGGCAAGUUCACUAAAUGGCCUCCCUGAACCAUUUUUUGCUGAUGCUAUAUGUAGCUUCACCUGUUGUCUUCAAGAAGAACUGAAAACUACUAACUUGUACUCUUAUAGGAAAGUAAUUGACAAUCUUGCCUCCUGUAUGGAGAACUUUAACCUGGGUAGGACAAGUGUUAUGAACCUGUUUAAAGAUGUUCUUCAGUUUCUACAGAAGGUUCUAGUUGAAAUACCAGAAGAAAAUAGAAAGUUUACUGGAAACCAUAUUGCUCAGACAGAGCUGAUGCACGACUUGCUGAUAGCCAUUAGAGUCUCUGUGAUGCUAGUGCAGAAAGUACAAGAAAUCAGUCAGGGAGAUCUUUGGAAGAUCCCCAGUUCUCCAGUUUGGCAAAGCAUGGGUGGCCUUCUGAGCAUUUUCUCCAAGUUCCUAAGGAAUGAUGACCUCUUACAGAAUAUUCAGAGUACAUCUGGGUUAGCUGUUAUUCUUCUCAUUAAGACUAUGUGUGAUACAGCUGAAAUGAUACCUGGUUUGGUGAACUGCUUGAUUCUUCAUUCAGUGGGAAGUUGCAGAGUUCCUGAGUGGUUUAUGAACAGCUGUGGAAGCCUGUGUGUGGAGGAUGUCCCUGGGCCAGCCCUCCUCUUCCUGUGUCAGGGCGCUUUGGCUAUGUUAAACUGGAAGAAUGGGAGCAUGGGCCAGAGUGGAGAGAAACUCCUUUUGGAUAUUGCCAGUGUUUUGUUCACCCUGAGUUUGCAGCUCAAGGAAUCAAGCUUGGAAAUGUUCCUGUCUAGAAUUUUGGUGAUGUGGACCAAUUCAGCAUUAGAUAGCUUUGAAUCAAGUUCUUUGAGUCUAAAGAGCAGUCUGAAUGGGAAUUCAGACACAGUUGGGAAACUUCUGGAGUACGUCUACACCCACUGGGAACAUCCCUUGGAUGCUGUGAGAUAUCAAACAAAAACAAUCUUCAGAAAUCUUCUCCAGAUACACCAGGGCACUGUGGAAAGAUCUGACUGUGUCUCUGAUCGUUUCUUCUUGGGACUUACUGAGAGCCUAUUGAGGUUGGAAUGGCAUGUUAAGGGAAAAUACACCGGCCUCAGCUGCCUGGUAGAUUGUGUAGGGAUUGAAAAUGUUUUAGCAGUGAAUAAAACAAUCCCUUCUCAGAUCCUGGAGGUGAUGGGUGAUCAGUCGCUAGCCCCUUAUGCAGGCGACCUCUUAGAAACCAUGUUUAAAAAUCACAAGAAUCGUUUGAAAUCCCAGGCUCUUUGUAGACCUUGGAUUGAUCAGUGGCAUGAAACAUGGGUUUCUCCUCUCCUCCUCAUACUGCGUGAAGGGAGCCUGGAACAGAUGGCUUGCCUAAUUGAUUAUUAUUUGCCAAAGCUAUUGAAAUGCAGUCCUGAAAGCCUCAGUUAUAUGGUAAACAUUCUCCAGACUUCUACUAACAUUAACACAGGGUCCUGCAGCAGCAGAGGCUCCCUGGGAGUUCUGAUGGCCUGUCUGAGGACAGCUAGGGCUCACGGACAUCUGCAGUCUGCGUCUCACGUUACAUGGGGUAGCCUUGUAUCCAGUGCAAAAAUAAAACAAGGUUUAGUUCAUCAGCAUUGCCAGGUUCGCAUUGAUGCUUUAGGUUUGCUCUGUGAAAGUCAUCGCAGCACUGAAAUUGUCUCUGUGGAAGAAAUGCAGCUACUUCAGUUCUUUAUUCUGUACAACCUGAAUAGUCAAUCUCCUGGCAUGAGGCAGCAGAUCUGUUCUCUCCUGCAAAAGUUGUUCAGCAGGAUACAGGAAAGUUCUCAGGUACUUUACAAAUUGGAGCAAAGUAAAUCCCAGCAAGAAUCAGUGAAUGAUUCGACUAAGAAGAAUCCUUCUGAGACUUUACAGCAAUAUCAGGAUUUCAUGUCAUCUGUAUGCAACAGUCUUUUCAGAGCUCUAUUUCCUGGCUCUUCCCACUCAACCAAGUUUUCAGCCUUAACCAUUUUAGUCUCAAUAGCUGAAUUGUUUCCUGUCCCAGAAGGUAAAACUCAAGCAGUGUUUCAGCUGAGUCAUGAGAUUGAUUUUGCCCGAGUUGAAACAAUAAUGGAAUGUUUUUCAAGCACUUUUGAGGAAGUGAAAAUUUUAGCAUUCAAUCUUUUGAUGAAGUUACCAAAAACUGUCACACGUAUUCAGGAUUCUUUGAAACUGCAAGCCUUGUUCCAUGCAGCAAUGGACCUGAGCACCAGUACCAAACCGUAUGACUGUGUCACAGCUGCCUAUCUGCUGAGGUUCUUAAUUGGUCAAGAGGGCCUGCUGGCAGCCCUGGCUGCUUUCUUUAACAAUUCCCCUGGGCCUUCACCCUGCCAGAGAGGUGGAGAGGAGUCUGUUGCUUUUGUGGAAAGGAACACAUUAAUGGUUAUUAGGCAUCUUUUAGAAAAUCUGGAGAGAGAAAUAUCACAGGCUGAAAGCUCUCUACUGCAGGCGGCAGCAUUGUUUCCUAUGUAUGGGCGAGUUCACUGUAUAAUAGGGGCUUUUCAGCAGUUGUCUUUAAACAACCUGACAUUGGUGACUGAAUGGAGACACAUGGUGGCCAAGCUCAUUUUGAUGUCCUAUAGGCUUUCUGCUGUGGUGGCACCAGUGGUUCAGAGUUCUUCCCCAGAGGGCCUCAUUCCAGUGGACACUGAUUCAGAAAUGGCAAGUCGCUUGAAGAUGAUUCUCAAUGAGAUUCAGCCUCGAGACACAAAUGAUUAUUUCAACCAGGUCAAAAUGACAAAAAAACAUAACAGUCUUGGUUUUGAGGACCUAACUGCUGAUGUGCCAAUGAUUACUACGUCUGCAGAAAUGAAAGGUAAAGAAGGGCAGUCGUGUGAUGUCACAGCUCAGGCAGUGCUGGUGUGUUGCUGGAGAAGUAUGAAAGAAGUUGCUUUGCUCCUCGGCAUGUUAUGCCAACUUGUGCCCCUGCAGUCUGUGCCCGAAGCUCCUGAUGGAUUAGUGACAGUGGAGCAGGUAAAGAAUAUAGGAGACUACUUUAAACAACACCUUUUACAAUCCAGACACAGAGGAGCAUUUGAAUUGGCUUACACUGGCUUUGUAAAGCUAACUCAAGUCCUAACCAGGUGCCCCAGUGAGUGCCUGCAAAGGCUACCAGAGCAGUGGUUGCGGGAUGUCUUGGAAGAAAUUAAGUCCAGCAAUCCUUCUUCUAAACUCUGUGCAACGAGACGCAGUGCUGGGAUUCCCUUCUACAUUCAGGCAUUGUUGGCUUCUGAGCCAAAGAAAGGCAGGAUGGAUUUAUUGAAGAUAACAAUGAAAGAAUUGAUCUCUUUGGCUCUACCUUCAGGUGACUCACAGAGUUCAGUCCCACAGGUCCAUGCUCUAAAUAUCCUUAGAGCUUUGUUCAGAGAUACUCGUCUGGGUGAAAACAUCAUUCCUUAUGUUGCUGAUGGAAUUCAAGCUGCAAUUCUGGGCUUUACAUCUCCUGUCUGGGCAGUAAGAAAUUCAUCCACACUUCUCUUUAGUUCUCUGAUCACAAGAAUUUUUGGAGUUAAAAGAGGAAAGGAUGAACAUUCCAAAAAAAAUAGAAUGACAGGGAGAGAAUUCUUCUCUCGUUUUCCAGCACUUUAUCCCUUCCUUCUCAAGCAACUAGAAGUUGUGGCCAAUACUGUGGAUAGUGACAGCAGUGAAUUGAAACUUCACCCUAACCUGUUUCUCUUGCUGUUGAUCCUGGGAAGACUGUACCCUUCCCCUAUGGACGGUGCUUCCUCAACACUCAGCAUGGCGCCCUUUGUCCCCUUCAUCAGGAGGUGCGGUCAUUCUGCUGUCUACCAUUCCAGGGAAAUGGCAGCCCGGGCCUUGGUCCCAUUUGUCAUGAUUGACCAGAUCCCAAAUACUAUUCAGUCUCUGUUGUCUGAACUACCCAACUGCACAGACCUGUGUAUCCGGCAUAACCACGUUCAUGGGGUGCUCUUGCAAGUUUUUCAUUUGUUACAGUCCUACUCAGACUCCAAACACAGAGCGAAUUCAGACUUUCAGCAGGAGUUGACUGACAUCACUGUUUGUAUCAAAGCCAAACUCUGGCUGGCCAAAAGGCAGAAUCCUUGUUUGGUGACCAGAGCUGCCUGUAUUGAUAUUCUUGUCCUACUGACUCGCUGCCUUGACAAAGCCCCAAAGGGAAGCCAGCCAGGUCUCAAAAUCCUUGGCUUCUGGGAAGAGGUUGGCACAGUCAUCUCUGAAUCUGAACUAAAAACUGGAAUCCCCUAUUCCUCUGCCAUCCCUGGUCUGAUCCAGUAUUUGCAGAGCCUCACCAGACUGGUGAUAGCCGCCAUGUUUGCCACAGCAGCUGACCCCAGUGAGAAGACGAAGGACGGUCCCAUCUCUCUCAUUCAGCUGUUACGGUCUGACUUCCCUGAAGUACGCCUGCUGACACUGGAAGCCUUGUUGCAUUUGGUGACACCAGCAGUCCCAGAGCAAAAGACAGGAAAAGAGAGAGGCCCCCUGCCCUCCCUCCCUGAUGUGGGGGAGACGCUCUUGAAGAUGGCCGUGGAAGAAAAGCACCAAGAGUGCUUUGCCAAGGUUUUGAAAAUUCUCCAUUGCUUGGAUAUCAGCAGGUGGCUUCCUCUGACUGAAAGUUGUAUCCACCAGACCCCAAAGGAAUUCUUGAGCUGGACAAUGAGUGUUGCAGAUGCUUCCAGUAAAAGAAUUAAAAUUCAGAGUGAAGCUCUGAGGCUUGCCUCCAGACUGGUCACCCACCACGUGCAGAUGUGUGCAGAGGGUUUGCCCUCGAUGGAAAGGGAACUGAAGCAGUGGGUUCAGUUAGUGGCCUUUUGCUGUGGAGGCGAACUCCAGACAGAGGCCAGACUGGUAGCAGCUGAAGUCCUCAUCAGCAUUACACCAUUUUUCCUGACCAACCAACAUCUGAUUCUUGGUCUUCCAGAUACCCUUACACUCUGGAAGUGCGUCUUCACCCUCCUGCAGAGUGAGGAACAAACAGUCAGAGACAGAGCAGCUGAAGUAGUCCAGGCUGCCCUGUCCCAAGAAAACACCGGCCGGACAACAGAGUUUGCCUUCUGCUUGGUGGAUGCCUCAGUGGCCCUAGACUUGGCUGUGGCCUUGUUGUGUGAGCUGCUCCCUCAGUGGGACCCUCUGACUGCAGGACUCCCGACCCUCCUGGGAUGGCUCCUGGGGGAAGACGAUGUUAGGAAGUGUACGGAGAACACACCUCAGGUGGAAGAUGACUUUGUGUUUGACAAAGAGGAAGUGAACUUUUGGGCUGAGACGCUAACCUACGUCAGCCACCUGGUCAAGCACUUGUCUCCUCUGUGUAAGAAAAGUUGGCCUUCCCAGGAUCCCCAGGAGCUCAGUCGGCUGAGAAAAGCAGCAUCCCAGCAGUACCAGCACCUAUCACAGCUAUCCAAAGAGCUGCCCCCAACUCCUGAAUUUUCUAAGACUACUGACCAUACAAGACUUCGCAUCCAGAAGGAAAGAACAUUAGCUUGCCUGAAGUUGCUCGACUUUCUUGAAGGGAAGGAGGAGAACCCCACACCUGGGCUAUUGAACUUACCCCAUCUCUGGUCAUUUAAUUCUACAGAGAACAAAGCCUAAAUCUACCGAGUGAUGUGGGAAAGAGAUGUGUUGUAGAGUUGGGGAAUUAUUUUCCUGCACUGAAUACACUGGAAAUGUUAACCUAAAUUAAAAAUCCUUUUGUUCACUGUGUGCCCUCUGCCCCAGCGAGGGGGACCGAGCGCCCCUUCUUACAGAAGGAUCUUUCUUCUUAAUACAUUGACUCAGUUCUUGCAAGCCAGCCAAGUUUAUUGCAGCUACCAUUGGAGGUGGAGCCCUUAAACGUGAGAUUUACCUUCCUCCCAGGUGCAGGCCACCUGCAGGCCUGAAUUAGCUAUGUUUUUCCCUACUCUAGCUUAACCCUGUCUGCAUUCCCCUUCAGCUCUCAUGUUUUUAACGUGAUUUAAAAGGGGAGGGAAAAAAACUCAUUCAGAUUCUUUGAUCAGAUUCUAAAUUUUAUUCAUUUUAGUAAAGAAGGAAAUACAUUCCAAAUGUUUCCAUUUUUUAAAAUCUGAGUGAAUUAAAGAGCAACUUCAUACAGAUAAUUUGAUUGUGUUAAGAGACCUGCAGUGACCUAUAAUUUAAAAAUUGUAUUUUGUCCCAAGUCAUUAAAAGAGCCUUAUGGUAUUUCUUAGUCUCCCCCCACCUCCCAAGGUGUUUGAUCAAAAGCAGUCAUAGAAGUAGUCUGCAAAGAAAUUAGCAGCAGUCCCCCGAAGCUCUUAGAAAGGGUCUUGGGGGAAGAAGGUCCCGGCUUUGAGAAUGGUUAUUGCCUUAAAAAAACACACACAUACACACACAUUCUCUCUCCCCCCAAACCAUGCAUUUGAAUGCUAUAAACUGGAGACUUCUAAGAAUUUCCUGAUGCCUCCCAGAACACCCAGGAGGUGGCACCCUCGCAUGGCUUUUGCUAGAGAACUCUGAAAUAGGGCAAACUUCCUAGUCUUUUUCCCUUUAAUUUACAACUUCUGAAGAGUCACAGAUUCAGUUAUUUCAAUAUUAAGCAAUCCAGGAUGCGUUUUAACAGCAACCAGAUUCACUCUUCAGUUCAAGCCAUUCAAGAAAGCCACUUUUUAGUCUGUGUGUGAAAAUGCAUAGAUACUUCAUUAGUAUCUGGCAAAUACAUGUUUAAUAAUGCCUUCUUAAGAGAUCAAUUAAAGUUAUUUUAAUGGUU